CGGAAGUGCAGCUACAACCACCAGCUAACUCCUGACUUGUGUGUCAAACUUUGUCAAUAGCUGCUUAUGAUAAUCCGACAAUUCACAAUGAAUCUACCAAAAGGACCAGAUUCUCUUUGCUUCGACAAGGAUGUUUUUAUGAAGGAUGACUUUGAUGUUGAUCAGUUUGUGGCUGAGUGUCGAAAGCAGGUCCAGUUGGAGGAGAUGAGAGAAGACCUGGAACUGUACUACAAGCUGCUCAAAACAGCCAUGGUGGAGCUCAUCAACAAGGACUAUGCAGACUUUGUUAACCUCUCCACCAACCUGGUGGGGAUGGACAAGGCCCUCAAUCAGCUUUCUGUACCAUUAGGGCAGUUACGGGAGGAGGUUAUGAGUUUGCGUUCCUGUGUGAGUGAAGUGAUUCAAGCUAUUGACAACCGACUGUCAAAACAGGAGGAUCUUCAGAAGAAAAAGGUGUGUGUAUUGAGGCUAAUUCAGGUGGUGCGCUCAGUGGAGAAGAUUGAGAAAAUCCUCCACUCACAGACCUCAAAAGAAUCCAGUUCUCUGGAAAUCAGCAGUCCCUUGUUAGCGGGUCAGAUUCUGGAGAGGAUUGCUACAGAGUUUAACCAGUUGCAGUUUCAUGCUGUACAAAGCAAAGGCAUGCCGCUGCUGGACAAAGUCAGGCCUCGCAUUGCAGGGAUUACCUCCAUGUUGCAACAGUCUCUUGAGGGCUUGUUGAUUGAGGGUCUCCAGACGUCCAACGUGGACAUGGUGCGCCACUGCCUGAGGACGUACGCCACCAUAGACAAAACUCGAGAUGCUGAAGCUUUGGUGGGACAAGUGCUGGUCAAACCAUACAUGGACCAGGUGAUAGUUGAAGAAGUUGUGAAGUCUAACCCUAGUGGUCUCCAGAUGAUGUACUCCAGACUGUUGGAGUUUGUUCCUCACCACUGCAGACUGCUCAGAGGGGUGACAGGAGGAGCCAUAUCCAGUGAAAAAGCUGACACAGUGCCAGGUUACGAUUUCCUGGUAAACUCUGUGUGGCCAGAGAUGAUCAAAGGAAUCGAAGAAAGGCUGGCCUACAUCUUCAACCCUGGAAACCCUGAUAUAUUCUAUGAGCGUUACAGCGUGAGUAUGGAGUUUGUGCGGCGAUUUGAGCGUCAAUGCAGCUCGCAGGCCAGCGUGAAGAGACUGAGAGUUCACCCCUCUUAUACAAGCUUUCACAACAAAUGGAACCUGCCCGUCUACUUUCAGCUACGGUACAAGGAAAUAGCUGGACGCAUGGAGAAUGCCAUAAGUGAUGGAUUAGAGGCAGCAUCAGGUGGAAGCACAUACCACCUGCAGGCAUCUGAGGUUUUGUGGUCUUGUUUGGUGAGGGGCUGGUCAGACGGAGUGUAUCUGCCACCUCUGGCCCAUCGCUUUUGGAAGCUGACACUCCAACUGUACUCGCGAUAUGCCAAGUUUCUUGAUGAGGUUUUGACGAAAAGUCCAUCCUCUGAGGUGCCAAAGGAGCCCGUCAGGCCUCUGCCGAGUUCGGCCUCAUCAACAUCCAGCCGGACGUCACUGGAUGAGGGUGGCAGCGAGAGUGGGAGCCCAGCCUCUUUGUCCACCAAACAGCUGGUUUACAUUGCAGCUGAUAUUCAGAAGCUGCAGGAACAGAUCCCUGAACUGUUGGAAGUGAUCCGGCAGCGGUUAGAAGCUAUUGGAUUCAAAAACUUUGUUGUCGUGGAGGAUGCUCUUGCAGACUCAAAGACCUGCCUGUCGAGCAGCAUUCCCUCCCUGAACACCAGGAUGACGCAGCAUCUGACUGAACGCUGCUGCCGGUUCCUGAAAAGUGCUUCUGAGGUUCCACGACUUUAUCGCAGGACCAAUAAAGAUCUGCCAGUGCGUGCAUCAGCAUACAUGGAUAAUGCACUGAGGCCAUUACAUCAGUUGUUGUCAGACUCAACAGGACUGGUUACUCCCCAAACAGCGCAAGAAUGGCUGCGAGUCGUGUUGUGUGAUUGCACACAGAAGUAUUAUGAAACCAUCUCAGAGGUCCUGAGCUCAGUGAGAAAGAUGGAGGAGAGCCUGAAGCGUCUGAAACAAGCCAGAAAAGGUGCAACGGCGGCGACCAUCGCAGGAGCAAAUGGAGGACCAACAGACGACGGAAAGAUUCGUCUUCAGUUGGCACUGGAUGUGGAAUACUUGGGAGAACAGAUCCAGAAAAUGGGCCUUCAGUCAAGUGACAUCUCCAUGUUCUCCACCCUGAUGGACCUCGUGAGAGAGGCCCGAGAGAUGGCUGAACAGAACCAGUAAGAAGUGGACUCCACCCCUCUGAAAACUUCAGCCGUGGUUUGGUGACGGUUUAUAAGACGUUUAUGAAGAAGAAAGAAGCGGCACAGCUGGAAUCCCGAUGCAAACCUCAGAGCCACUUUGUAGAAAUGUGUCCAGAAGCAGAUGAUGUGGCUCUGCUGUCGACAAUAUGGGUGUACGGGACAGCACGGUACCGUAGUACGAUAUACUACUGCUUGGGGAUGUACACUCCUUUGUACAAACUCUAGUACUGAUGUGGGACCAGAUUGUUAAAUAGUUUUAUUUAUAAAGGGAGAAUGUCAGUUGGAGAAUAUCUAAUUGUUGCUUCUGCUUGAUUUCAGAUAAUUGUUUGAGUACCAUAUUUAUGUUCCAAUCAGCUGUAUGAAAUAAUGUGUCUAACAUCAUUUGGGAAUAAAUUGAAGGUUUUUGAGUACAUUUUUGAA